CGCGAACCCCACUGCCUUGUGGGAUUGCGGCGGAAUCCGGUGUGCUGGAGAGGUUUUGCAGGGCUCUUUCAGGAACUACGGAAGCCGAGAGUGCCCGUGCAGCCAUGGCGGCGCACCUUAAAAAGCGGGUGUAUGAGGAGUUCACUAAAGUGGUUCAGCAGCAGCAGGAGGAAAUCGCUACUAAGAAGCUCCGGCUAACAAAACCAAGUAAAUCUGCUGCUCUCCACAUCGAUCUGUGUAAAGCCACCUCCCCAGCAGAUGCCUUGCAGUACCUACUCCAGUUUGCCAGGAAGCCUGUCGAGGCAGAAAGCGUGGAGGGGGUAGUUAGGAUUCUCUUGGAACAUUAUUAUAAGGAAAAUGAUCCAUCUGUGAGACUGAAAAUUGCAUCAUUGUUGGGAUUAUUAUCAAAGACUGCAGGAUUCUCUCCAGACUGCAUAAUAGAUGAUGCCAUUAACAUACUACAGAAUGAAAGUAAGUUGCAACUUAAAAGCU